AUGUCGGGUCAUAUUUAUUCUUGGAGGGCAUCUUAUGUUUAUGCUCAUGUUGUGGUCGUGCUUGAAAGCUCUAAAAGAAAGACAAAAGGAGUAAUAUUUUCAAAUCAUUCAAUUUGCUUCAUCCGAGAGCUCUACUUGCUUGAGCUCUACUGCCAAGACAAAAGGAACCAUGCCAACAUAAAGGUGAUCGAAGUUAACCAUAUCAGACUAUGGGCGAGACAACCACUAUGCACAGUUAUGAUUCGGAGAUGCAAUACCUCUUCAAUUUCAGGUACUAAAAGGAAGAGACUGAAAGGAGGCAGAGAAAAGAAAACUAAUGGAGAACAAAAUAGAUCCUACUUUUGUUGUUCCAAAACAUUAUAUUUUUGGACUAAGUUUAACCCUACUAUUAGGAGGCAUCAGUUUCAGAAGGACCUGGACAAAUAUAUCAGGUUUGCUCUAGCUGGUAGAGCACUUGCAACCCAUUAUGCAGUACUGGAUGCAACACGAGAGAUUGAGAGUGUUCAGAAGGAACCUGAAGACCUACAUGGAUUGGUUGAGCCAGAUGUGGGAUUCGGAAGCCCAUUGUGCACUGCAAAGAACAUCUUGCAACUUGAAUAUCUCUUGUUGCAAUGUCCACGCACAUGCAAGUAG